AUGGCACUGCUUGCGGGAAAGGAAAUGGCCAAGGAGGGUCAUUUAAUUGAAACUUAUCUUUUCAAUCCUCCAUUCUUCUCGGCCCUCUUAGAAAGUGUGAUCAAAGAUGAACGAGUGAAGUUUGGAAUCCACUUGGCAACCAGUGUUUUCAAGACAGGACUCGCGGGUCUUAACUUUGUUGUAAAUGGUGGCCAAGCUGAUGACCCUUUUGCGGUGCUAUCUCCCUGGCUUCCUUACCUUUUUGUGAACCCAGAUGAUCCUAUUUGUUCAAAAUAUGUUGGAUAUUUUGAACACAGGAAGAAGAUGGAGGAUAACGGAGUUGAAGAAUUUGAGAUGGUCGCAACAAAGAACUCCACGUGGAAUCUAUGCUUAAGUGUGUUGGGAAAGGAUUCAGGUUCAGAACCACUGCAUCUCCUUCCUUCAGCAGAUCUGACCAUUAAUAAGGUUCAAUUCCCAAAUAUUGAAGGUGUUGUUGAUGCUUAUAAAAAGUUUAAAAGAGCUCAUAGUCUUCAACAGUGGUGGAAUCCUUUUCCCUAUGAAUCUAUGCGUUAUAACUACAACACUACAAACGGUGUUGAAUGUAGCAGCUAA